AUGACAAGUGUUAAAAUGUUUACAAAUACUAACGCACACGAGGUCAAAGUAAUAAAUCAAGUCAAACGUGUUAUAACAUAUUGUACAAUAAUACGAAGAUUACGAGACCGACCGGGUACAGGCAAAAUGUACAAAUUAUUAUUGAUAAUUUUUGUAGUAACAAAAGCUGUUAACCUAAGUGAUGUUAGUUACUAUGAGAGAUUAGGAGUAUCAAAACAGGCAUCCACUCAAGAAAUAAGACAAGCAUACAAAAAGCUCGCAAUAAAAUUACACCCUGAUAAAACCUCCGAUUCCAGUGAACAAGAACAGUUUAUCAAGAUAACGGAAGCUUACGAAACUCUAAAAGACCCUGAAAAAAGGCAAAAGUAUGAUUUGUAUGGUUCAUACCCAUCUUACACUAGGAAAUAUGAUUACCGUUCACAAUCUGAAUACAACAAUCUCUUUUACAAUGGAUUGUAUCGGGAUGAUCCAUUUGUUGACACACUAUCUGGACAAACAUAUUAUAAUUACUUAAAUGAAGGCUUUCAUUUUAUAAACUUCUAUUCACCAUUUUGUCCUCCAUGCCAGAACCUGGUUGACCAUUGGAAGAAACUUGCAGAAAUUUACAAAGGAAUCGUAAAAGUUGGAGCUGUAAACUGCAAAUACCACAAUUCGUUUUGCUAUAAUUCAAUGCGAAUAGGGAGUUACCCAUCACUGCUAUUUUAUCCAAAUGGCAAGCAUGGUAACUUCAUAUACUAUCGUGGGGAACAUACUUUAGAACAUCUCGAUAAGUUUGUGAUGGCCUACUUAAAUAGCAGGGUACAUGUCCCAAUAGUGUCACAAAUUAGAAGCUCUGACAAACCUAUAGCCUAUGUAUUAGGCACAAAUAGAAUUAACAGGGGAGCUUUGACCAGGAUUAGUUAUCUUUUGAAUGGCUUAGUCACAUUGGCUAUAGUGGAGGAUGACAGUUUACGAGCCAAGCUUACAAAUGAUGAUUCCACAGUAGUUGUAUUCAAAUUCAAAGGAACAACGACACAAAUACAAAGUACCGAAGAAAAGGGCGUGUUAAAAGAAAUAGUUGAAUCUCUACCAAAGGUUGAGUCAAUAGGUCCUGAAAAAUUGAAGGAAAUAAGAAACCAUCUGCGGCAAGGUGCUAACACUGCGUGGGUACUACAUUUCACCACGAAAGACACUGAUAGGUUGCUGUUACAUCAAAUGAGGGUGGCAUUCCCCAACAUGAAUUUUGUGGAGGUAAAUUGCGACAAGUGGAGUGAGCUAUGUGCCUCACUACACGUCUCGCUGAAGGGAAAUGAAGACAAGGGUCAUAAUUCGAGGUGGGGUAUAUUGAAACGGGGCGGGGCGUACCAACUGGCCCACGGUACAGAUGCGAGGUCAUUCAUCGCUGUAGCCGCUGAAUCUACCAAUUUGCAUACGCUGUCUGCUUCGGAUCUGACAAGGAUAUUGGAUGGAGACGGCAGCAUAUGGGUUUUGGUGGUAGUUCCGUACCAACUGUCCUGGGAGCACAUCGCUGAACCAUUUAUGAAAACCAGCCUGCAUUUCAUCAAUUCCGAAGAUAUCAAUUUCGGCAUAAUGACGUGCACACUCAACACAGACAAACACUGCAGGCAAUUGGCUCAGAACGAGCCGGUGAUCGUAUUGCAGGCGGGCCGAAAGCGGCACUAUUACAACGGGCAUAUAGACGAAAGUCAUUUGACAGAAUUCAUAGAACUACUGUUGGACAGUGAAGACUUGGUGAUAGACGAGCAGCAAGUAUUAGAGAUAUCUGACGCGUCGAGUCGUCAGCACACGUGGUUGGUUGCGUAUUUGCCCGCAAAUUGCGGAUACCAGUGCGACGAACUUGCGCACGAGUGGCGACUGGUGGCCAAAAAGCUUCGUUCACUGGAGUUCGUUCGCGUCGGCCUUCUGGAAUGUUCGCGUCACUCGGACGGCUUCUGUAGGAACGUGCGAUCGCCGACAGCUCGCCUCUACCCGCUUGCUUCUGGCCAACACUACACUGUCAGCUUGCAACAUCUUACGCAAGCACCGUACAUACUCGAAUGGGCGCUGAGUCUCGUAGAUGAUGUACAGAAACUUAACUGGAACUUGUUCUCAAAGUCUGUGAUCUCGGAGGAAUUGAAUCCAUCAAGUUAUAGAAAGCCAUGGUUGGUGUAUUUCCACUCUCCGAGGUGCUCUCAUUGUUAUGUGCAUUAUGCAGAUUUUUCGAUUGCCGGUAUUUUCCUCCGCAAAGCGGUAGAGGUCGGUAAAGUGAACUGCAUAUCGGAUCGCAGUUUAUGCCAAAACGAGCACAUCACCAGCUAUCCUUCCCUAAGGCUGUAUUUGCCCAGAAACGACUAUCAGACUUUCAGCAGAGUUAUAUCCGUACAACUGAAGGACUACAAUGGCCUACUGGAAGAAAUCAAGGAAUACCUAACACAUUACGACGAUAGUCUACUAGAUAGGAUAGACUUCGGUAUAAGAAACCAGAGGUUCAAUAUUAAACAUGAUGAGUUUUAA